CAUUGUAUUUACCAAGCGACCACAUUUCGUAAAAUAUUUACUUAUUCAUGUUCCCCCCUUGCAGAUCUCUACUUGUAUUAUAAAUGUUUUACCUGUACAUAACCGAUUGAAGGGCACUUUUUUAACAAAGACUUCACUGUUAAGCAUAGACGCACGGGUGGCUGUGGCAUUUGGCUUAUUGAAAGGAGGGAGGUAAACUGCAAGUAUGGCGCAGGGACAUUCCUCACAGAGCACAACAAAUCUGAUCUUUUCUGGUGAAGCGGGGAGAAAGAAAACCAUUGCGGUAGUUGUGAUCGUAGCAAUCCUGGUAGUACUGGUGGGUGUGGCGGUCGCUGUUCCCGUGGCGCUGAGGAUGAACGCCAGGUCAACUGAUGCGGCGUCCGUGGAACUUGCGAAUAAGGUGUUGGCUGAAACGCCGCUGAUCGACGGCCACAAUGACCUCCCUAUCAAGUACAGGGUUUUCAUGGACAACCAAGUGGAAAGUGUGAAUCUUGGACAGAGAUUAACUGAAACCACCUUUAAAAUUCCACAGACAGACAUCCCGCGUCUCCGGUCUGGGAAAGUUGGGGCUCAGUUUUGGGCGUGUUAUGGCCAAUGCUCGUCCCAGUAUAAAGACGCUGUAAGGUACGCUCUAGAGCAGAUGGACGUCAUUAUGAGAUUCGUCAACCAAUAUCCUGACACGUUUCAGUUCGUGACAUCUGCUGAUGGAAUUAUGAAUGCGUUCAAUGCUGGUAAAAUAGGCAGUCUGAUUGGUCUAGAAGGUGGUCACAUGAUCGACAGCAGCUUGGGAAUACUGAGAAUGUUUUACAGUCUCGGCGUCCGAUACAUGACGUUAACACAUAACUGUCACACCCCUUGGUCGGACAACUUCCGGUCGGACUGGCCAGUAGACCAUGCUAGUUACCAGCCACCGCAAAGUAACGGGCUCUCACAAUGGGGAGAGAAAGUCAUCUUGGAGAUGAACCGCAUAGGCAUGUUGGUGGAUAUAUCCCACGUUUCCAAGGCAACAAUGGAAGACGUCCUUCGAGUUUCUCAAGCACCUGUGAUAUUCAGUCAUUCUUCUGCUUAUUCGCUGUGCAACCACCCGCGGAACGUGCAGGAUGACGUCCUGCGCAAGUUGAAAACCAACAAUGGAAUCAUUAUGGUGAAUUUCUAUCCCGCUGUUAUCAACUGUUACCCUAGCAACCAAACAACAACAACCUUACAGCAAGUAGUGGACCAUUUCAACCAUAUCAAGACCUUGAUCGGAGAAGACUACAUUGGUAUUGGUGCUGACUACGACGGGAUACCGAGUGCUCCUGUGGGUCUGGAAGACGUGUCCAAGUACCCGGUCCUAUUGGCUGCGCUGGCCGCUGAUGGCUGGACAGAAACACAACUGAAGAAACUGGUGGGAGAGAACUUGAUCAGAGUGUUCAGAGAAGUUGAAGGGGUGCGUGAUCAGAUGAAAAGCUCGGCAGUCAAUAACGCCAUCAUCCCCGUAAGUGAUCUCGGUAACACCACUGUACCAUGUAGAGAGGAACAGAUGGAGGGUCUGCGAGGUUACUUCUCUGGUUAAUUCGGCCACGGAUACAACAGACUAAGAUCAAGACUUCAA